AUGGACAUCUCGUCUACCGGCGAUGGAACGUGAGUCGCGGGGGGAGCUGACGAUACGGUGGGAAUCACCCAUUCACAUGUGUGUGUGUGUGUGUGUGUGUGUGUCCUUGCAGGAACGGCUGGCCGGGCCGUCUGGUGGCCGAGGAUCCGGAUGAGGAGCCCGACGGUCGUCCACCCGACCCAGAGAUCCUGGCACAGCGUGAACGGGACCAACGGGCAGCAAGCAUUCUCCCUUUUCCUCCCGGCCAGGAACACCAACAGGCAGCGUUUGAAGGUGAGCGUCAGCCAGCUGGAGGCGCACAUUGACCUACGAUCGGAUGCGACAGUGUGUCUGUUGUCGAUGUGUGCAGCUCUGAUCAAGGCCGGCCCUCCUACGCGGCGAGGUCAUGGUGGUGCGCCCGUGGCAGACAAGAUUAUCUUCGCGCCACUCCCCAGCUCCCUGAAAGGUCAUCCAUUCAUCCGUGGUGCGAAGCUUGCAUCGCCCUUCAACGAUCCGCCUGACCUCCCUCCCCUCCCUCCCUCUUUCUUCCAUCACCUGCUCCAAGGGGUUCACCCUGACCACCGAGCCUCCCUGCUGCAUCAGCUCAAGACAGAGCUCGCAAGCCCGGCAACGCGCCAGGCCCAGUCCGAUCGACACGUUCGUCGCCAGCUCGCCCCUCUUGCUGAGUUCCUGGUUCAAUGUGUCGGCAUCAGCUCCCCAUCCCUCCCCGUGCUGACAGCAGUGCACACCAUGGUUGUGUCAGCCCUCAGCCAAUACGAGAGCUACUUUUUCUUCGGGGCCACCGGCAAAGAGAAGACCGAGGUGUGGGACCCGGAACUCAACGCACGGCGAUGGCGAACGGACCGGGACAUGCGGCAGAUCCACGUGCAACGGGAGCUGGUGCUGCCUGCCAUCGAGCGGCUGGAGGCGUCGUGGCAUCCACCCCUCUGCGACUGGGGACGGCUGCUGCGCGAGGCCCGUUCGGACAACCAAAUCGUCGUCCAAUACAAUGCAAAGGUGGGCAGACGGAGGGCGGCUGCACAGCGACAUCGCUGAGGAUCUCGUUUGUCGUGCAGAUGGUCGGGCCGGCGGACACCUUCCACAAGCUGCAGGCAUCUGUCCCCCAGCUGAGUGAGCUGGGGGACAAACUGAGCUGCACUUACAGUGGCAUGAGCCGCUGGUUCCCGCAGUCAGCGGACGACGGCGACGGCGACGGCGACCUCGACUGCAAACAACUCGUAUGUCCUCCCAUCGAGGCAUUGUAAGCACCUCAAAGGAAGACCAGCGGGCAGCAGGCAUCCGUGGAGACAAUCCAUCUGUGUGUAUGGUGUGUCUGACUGUGUGUGUGUGCACCUUAGCGUCGGUAGCAAGAGUGGCCAUAUGCGUCAGGUUCUCGACUUCCUGGGAGUUGCGAAUCAGACUCCGGCCCCGCCACAUCUGCUGUCGCUGGGCUGCUCGCUGAAGUGUUUUGCCUUCGCCGUCUGCAAGGUUGAGCUCUCCUUCGGUUAUGUCGGCCACUUCCCUGCGGACGGGACGGACAAAGAGAAGCGCCAAGCACUCAUGCCAGCAAUGAGAGCGGAGCGUGAUGCCGUCAGAGAGCACAUGGAGCUGAACGACAGCCUCAACAUCAUUCCGGGUGGCUUCAGGAAACAUGAGACGGUACCAACGAGUGAACGGGCAGGCCGUUAGUCCAUCUUGGUGUACUCAACGUGUGUGUGUGUGUGUGUAUGUUGGUUGGUUGAUGUCGGCAGCCAUUUUGUCUGCUGAUGGAGCCAGGGUUCAGAUACAACACUGACGAAGUACGGCUGCUCCUGGCCGAUCCCGCGAACCGCGAUUGCUUGGUUGGCAAGCCACACACUUCAGAAGCAUCCACAGCUGUCUCUCUCGUGCGCCCAUUGUGUGCAGCUUGACCGUGUCUACUCGUGGGCUGACAGGAAUUUCCCCACUGGCAACAUUCCCGAGAGCUACCGCUUCAAGAGCUGCAUGGAGAUCGGGUGGUGCAUGGGCCAUGAGAUACCCACUUUGUGACCAGCACAUGAGUGGGUGGUGCCGGCCCGGCCCACGUGUGUGUGGGGUGUAGACAGACACCUGUCUGUCCUCUGUGUGGCAACCGCACACACACACACACAAACACAUAUGUAGAUGUACACAGCCGGCCGCAAUUUGUCUGUAUGUCCAUCCAAUGAUGCAUUGUAAUGCAUGAAUUUGUUCGACUCCUCAAAUUCGACCAAAGUCACUUGUACCAC